GGCUGGGAGGAGGAGGAGGAGGAGGAAGAGGAGGAGGAGGAGGAGGAGGCGGCAGCCAUGGAGAGCAGCAUGAAGCAGGUGGUGGUUGAAGAGCCACUGGACCCGGAGAAGUGUUGCUCCCAGGGAUGCUGCAAGCCGGGCUGCUGCUGUUGGCCCUGUGCCGUUUGCUGCUCCAAAUGCGCCCGAUGCUGCAUGCCCCGGUGCUGCAAAUGCCCCAAAUGUCCCGGCUGCCCCGGCUGCGCCUGCAUCAAGCGGUCCCUCUGCUUCGUACCUCGCCUGCUCUGCUACCUGCCCCGCAAGCUCCUCAGCUGCCACCACCUCAAGUGCCUCCUCAUCGUGGUGGUGGUGGUGGUCCUGCUGGUGGUCAUCAUCGCCGGCGCCCUGCUGAUGUGGCUGCACGUGGACCAGCAGCACGCCGACGCCGUCCUGCGGAUGGGGCUGUGGAGAGAACCGGCCUGGGAAGAGGAUGUGGCCACUUUCUACCUGGACGAUGGAGAUGGAAACUCGGCCAUGGUCAUUUACGAUUACAAGAACCUGCUGGUGAGCUACAGAUCCCGGCUCGACCAUGCCUGCUAUGUCACCCGCGUGGACAAGGACAACAUCCCGGGGCUGGACACCGUCGCCGAGACCUUCCAGCGCCGGCAGGCUGAGAAAAGGCUCGCCAUGCCCCUGGCUGAUCGCUUCCUCCUGGGCACCACAGCGAGCAUCCUCUGCAGCAUCGUCCCUGUCUACUGGGCUUAGCCUUACUGGUUCUUCGCUCCCUGCUCGCCCGGCUACCGGCAGCUCCCGGCUUCCUUUGCCUUAAAAAUGCAUUUAGGGGCUCUGAGCAGAAUUUAGGUGAAUUUCUGAUGCGGCCACAGCCUGGGGGCUCACGGGGGGGGCACCCCCCGAGCAUCGCUCGGCACCGAGGCACGGGACUGACCUGAGCUGCCUGCUCCUCCUGCCAGCCCUGCCAGAGGCAAGGCUGUCCUGAAAAAUGUAUCUG